GAUGUUUCCCUAGUUGCAAAAAUAAUUGGGUCAAGUUGUGGAUGAAUUCCAGACUGACAAACCACAAGAUUAAGUUACAAAUGAGUGUUGGUUUUUAUGGUGUACUGUAUCUUUAGUCUUCAGAUUGUAUAACCCAGGAUUAUGAGAGAGGAAAUUUGCAUUACAGCAUCAAACCUAUCCAACAAACUGACUGAUGUCCUGUACCUUUAUCAACAAUAUAGAAUCCUGUGUGACUGUUGUAUACAGUGCAGUGAUGGAGAAGUUUAUGCCCAUAAAAUCAUCCUGGCCAUGUGGGGAAUGUAUGGAUUCUACAUUGACACCAUCGACACAAUUCAGGCUUUAAAAUUCUCAACUGCAGAUGUUAAUAACUUUAUAAAGUUAAUUUAUUCCGGGAAUAGUUCAUUAAAUUUAGAUGCAACCUUAAGGGUUGCUGAGGUUGGAAAACUCAUCGGUAUUAAGUUUCAAUGUAUGUCAGAUUCCCCAACUCAAGAAGAAUCUUUAGAAUCAGCUUUGUCUGCUUUAAAAUCAUCACCUGAAUCAGGUGUUAAACUAAAUGAGAAAUACACCCUUUACAUUAAAUCCUUGCCUGAUUAUCAAAAUAAUUUUUCAACCACAAUAAAUGUUAGAUGUAGGGAACCAAUUAAGAAGAUGAUGCAUUCAAUGCCUUGUAACCAUGAUAACAGUACGGAAAGUAUUACAGACAAAGGGGAUAAAAACUUAGAGGAGUGUUUGCUCAGUCAGUCAUCAAAUGCCAGCUCCACCAUACUGACUGAUGAAAGCAAGUCAGCUGAAUCUCUUACCACUGACAACAAAGUUGAUUUUACAUCUGAAUAUGAAAAGACAACAAUCCAUAGGGCUUAUUCUGACAAACUGCCAGAGAUAGUAUCAAUAAUUCAAAUAAAAACUGAAAACCUUGAAUGGCCAGAGUCAGAAAACACAGAGGUAAAAACAGAACAGGUAGAUUCUGCCGUGGAAUCUAGGUCCUGGGGUUUAGAAGUAUUGAAAACUGCCGACAAUAAUUCAGUGAGAGAGUUGAGUGUAGAACGGAUGCAGGAAUCUCUCACAGAGAUCCAGGAUAACAUAUCUAAUAGGAAAAAAGAGAGUCAGUUAGACUUACCAGAAAAUACCAGUCAGAAUAAAAGGUUAAUAGAAUGUAGGCGAUGUCUCAAACAAGAUAGACCUCCUUUUAUGUAUGCUGAUACAGCAGAGGGGUUACAAGAGUUUAACAGGCAUGCUAUACAGUUACACCCCUUGGCUUAUAUUGAGAAUGUAAACUGUGAAAUUUGUGGAGCAUCUUACAAACACUGCCAGGCUGAUAGGUAUAUGGAACAUUUAGUCAAGACACAUGGUGUAGAAUAUGACUCAACUGUCUACCAAAAGAAAACAUGUGACAAUUGUGAAUACUGGACAUUGUGUCGUGCUAAAUACAAGACCCAUCAGAAAAAUGUGCAUUUGAGGAAACUUAGCAUCUGUGAUGUGUGUGGAGAGGCAUUCAAAGACAUCAAACAGCACAGAGAGACGCAUAAGGACCGACCCAGAAUACCGUGUGAAAUCUGCGGGAACACCUUUAUCAGUCUUACUUCUAUCAAGAAUCAUAUUGAAAGAGUGCAUGAAAAGAAAUACAAAUCAGUAGGAUUCUGCGCGUAUUGUAAUGAGAACUUCAUAGAGCGGUACAAAUAUUUCAAACAUAUGUUUACAGAGCACAACGAGAUUCCAAAAGGAAUGGAGAAGUAUCAGUGUUCCCAGUGCGACUUUGUGACUUACCAGAUGGGUCUGCUGAGAACUCAUGAGUUGAAACACAAGGAGCUUAAAGGAAUGGAAAUUGAACGAAACUACAAAUGUCAUGAGUGUGGAAAAGCAUUUGUUACCAAAGUUAAACGCAAUAACCACUUAAAGCUGCACCAUGUCGGGACCCCUAUGCUACAGUGUCACUAUGACGGAUGUAAUAAAGUGUUUAAGAGAAAACAAUUGUAUCAGAUCCAUAUCAGAGAUGUCCACCAGACUGGAAAGAUAUAUCAUUGUCAUGCUUGCCCUUACAAGUGUAAUCGGCAAGGAAAUCUAGUGAAACACAUUCGCAGCAUCCACAAAGAAGAGGUCUCUACUCGUGCUUCUCGACGAAAGGAGGCCAUGUUGUCAGGGAAAGGGUACCAUGAAGCUGUUGGUCAAACUCUGAGACAGGUUCAGGGCCCAAGAAAGAGCAGCGAGGGGGAAAGUUCUCUCUCAGAACAGAGACAUUGGACUCUUAUUAGAGAAGGAGUUAACUCUGAUCAGGAGGAAAGUUCAACCUCAUCAGGGGACAGUAGGGAAAAUGUUUAUCAUGAGGAGGGAGACAGCAGGGAGUCAGUUCACUCUGAGCAGGGGGAUUCACUUUGAGAAGGGGGACAGUUCUUUC